CUGGAUGCUCUCUGGCAGGCGUGCACACACCGGUAGAAUCACUCAGCUUCCGCAUCGCUCUGCCGUCUCCAUCUCUCGCGUCUCUAACUGCACUCUCUCUCCCUCCUCUGGUGGAUUUUUAUCCCACUGCUUUGUGGAACUCUGCCAAAAUGUCUGACAAGCCUGACAUGACCGAGAUCGCCCGCUUCGACAAGACAAAGCUGAAGAAGACGGAGACAAAAGAGAAAAACCCUCUUCCCACCAAAGAGACCAUUGAGCAAGAGAGGAAAGGCGAUGCCACACCUUGACUUCAGAGCACAUGAAGAAAAGACGCUGAGAUGCCACAGCAAAAAAAAAGCACUUUCUUUUGAUUAUCACAGUAUUACCGUCUCUUGCUUUGUCUUCAGAAAUGUGUGCUUGUGAGCUCCCUGGGGUGCUGUAAUCAUACAUGGCAUUCUCACAUGGGGAGCUCUCCUGCCACUUGGGUGGAUUAACUUGAGCCUGGGUGCCUGUCUUGCACUGUUAGCAUGUAGCUAACAUGUGUACAAUAUUGCCAAAAUAGGAAGUGAAGUAGUAUAGAUAGAGUGAGAGAUAAAGGCAGGCAUCCAGGCUGAGGUGAUGGGGGGCUGGGUUGGGGGUGUGGGGCACUUUGGACAUGGGAGCAAUCGGAGUUUAAUCAUGUGGGAUUUUUUCUUAUCAAUCUUUUUACUUUUUCUUUAUGAAAUAAAUAUGAAGACGUGAAACCAGUCGCUCCUGA